AUGAAUGAAACUCCAGGUGAUGUAUAUCAAUCCUGGAAUAAGUGCGGAGUAAUUUGUACAUGUUGUGCUCAGGGGAAUAAGCAGCAGGUGCAGGAUGAUCUACAGAGAAUAUUACUAAAACAUGGGGGUCCCCAGGAACAUAGGGAUAGGAUUCUAUACGCUUGGUGUGAGGUAAAAGGAAUGAGUGCAGUACGCCAGGAAGGGAAAGUGAGUAAGUUGGACGAAUAUUGCAGUUAUUUCUAUUAUUGGUUAGGGGAGAAGUGGAUGAAAGAAGUAAAGCAACGCAAAGCAACAUGGGAGAAUAUAAAUAAAAUAUACGAACUCCUACAGAGUAAGCUGCCCUUCGGGCGGAACUGUAACCCCCUAUAUAAGGACAUUACCGAGGAAUAUUUCGGUCCAAUGAAAAUAUUAUUUGAUUACCUAGGCAAUUACGACAGAAUAAAAAGUGGGGUAGAUAACGAAUGUAAAAAAAUAUAUAAGGAAGAAUGUAAAAAUAGCUGUGAUAAUAGAGGGUGUAAGGAAAAAGUGUGCAAGGAAGUUGUGGAUGAGGUUUUAAAAGCAUAUAAGAAAAUGGAUGAGCAUUGUUAUAUUACUAAUGAUGAUUAUGAAGAAGGUCAUUAUUGCAAAAAAUUCCGUGAUGUGUUAGAGUGUGAUGUUAUUUCUAAACUGAAGGAAAUAAUUGUAAAAUUGGGAAUGAACUUGGAAGAACUGAAGGAAGGAUUAAGUGCGUGUAAAAUUGCAGAUCCUUCAUCGGAUUCUGUCGACGAAGGAGAAAAGGAGACCUUCGAGGAAAAUGAAGAAGAGGAGGGGGAGACUGAAUUAGGAACAACGGAGGAAACUGCUAAACAAUUGCUAUCCACCAACGUGGGAGAACAGGGAAUACAAGGUUUAGUUGGUCCUGAACGUGAUGCAGGUCCAGGAGGUCGAAUGGGUGAAUCAGGUGAGGCAAUUGCAGGAGGUGAUAUUCCUCAAGUUACCUCCGAGGAUGAUGGAGUGAACCAUAUUUCUGGUGAAGAAGGGCAUUCUGGUUCACACAUUCCAGCAGAAACAGAGAAUUUUCAGAAGGAAGACGAAGACGAAGACGAAGAAGAAGAAGAAGUUCUUCCUUCCAUCAGUACUUCUCAUACUUCUAGCAGCAGUUCUUCCUCUAGCAGUAGUAGCAGUUCUUCUCUCAUUGUUCAGAACAUCGCGGAUGGUACAAGAGGUGGAACAGGAUCAGUAGGAUCAGCAGAACCGGUGCAGACAGAGCAACUGUCACAGAAAGGAGGGAGUACUCAAAGAGUCACGAAGAGUUUGGAGCUCCCGCAGGCUGCACACUCCUCCGGGGAUUCAUUCUCCCAUUCCACACUCCCGGGGGAAGUGCCCUUAUCAGGGAUCAGACCUGGAGGAGAGGGGAUUCAUUCCUCUUCCACCCUAGAAACAGAAGGGGCCACCCUUACUGGAUCCACGAAUGCUUACAUACCCAUUCCAGCUUCUGUUGGUGGUGGACUUGCCACAGUAGGUCUACCAGCCCUUGUUUAUGCUUUAUAUAAGUAUACCAAUUUAUUCUCCGGAAUACGUGGUACAUACUCCGGUAGAAGCAGCAGAAAGACAAUAUCCUUUCGACAAGACUUAAACACAUUCUCAGGCGAUUCUUACACAGAAUAUGAUUCAACCAUAGGUGGGGAAUCGUCCACCCUAGGUGGUAGUGGUGGAUCGUCCACCGAUGUUUCGACCAUCUAUGAUGAUGAAGGACAACGACCAAGCGGAAGAACACGGGCAACAAAUAAUAGAAGAUCAGGAAAUAUACGUUACUAUGCCACGUAA